AUGGAAAAGCAAAUUGUAGCUCAAGCCCUCUUAGCACAAGCAGAAGAGAGAUUGAUUGCUGGCGAAUACCAAGAAGCAAUUUCUAGAUUUACACAGAGCUUUAGAGUGCAUGCAAAUAUCAAAGCAAAGUAUGGGGUUAUGAUAUGCUACUAUAACAUGAAAAAUUAUCCCAAUGCCAUUCUCUCAGCAAAGAUUAAGAUGUUGCACGACCAUAAAUGGGCAUCCCACAAGCCGGACUACCUUGGCUCUAGGAAAGGUGGUCUACGCUGGGUGCGUAUACAUCAGAGUGUAAAUGGGUGUAAAGCCUAACUAAAUUCCUCCCUCUUGAAUUUCUGGUUGAGCACAUCUUACCUAAAGAUUCGCUCCCACUCUCUUUCGGGUGCCCUAUAGUCCGGUAGCCCAUCCAACAGGGACAGGAAAACGUUUGGGAGAGAAGCAAAACUUCCCUCUUUGGCAAGAUAUCUCCAAACCUGAAGGUUUACUUCAAAAGGUUACAUCGGCCCUGUUUUCAGCUUCGUCAAGACGGGUCAUACCUGUUCUAUAGGGUGCGCCUCGGCGACUAAUUUCCAUCAAUAUCACCAUUUUAUUUCUAUAUUUCUUUCAGCAAAGGAAUCCCUAGAUUUAGUAAAAAAUCUAUCUGAUCAGCAGGUGAAGGACAAAUAUUAUGAAAAAAUCGCUUUGUGCAUGGGAAAAGCAUUGGAAAGGCUGGGAAACUUACUCCCCCCUCUGUGAACGAGCAAAAAAAAUUUUGUUCGCUCACAGAGGGGUUAAUUCACCUUCUUUAAAAAUUUAUAUAUAAAUUAUAAAAAUUGCCUUUGAGUAGCGCGCUAAGCGCCCGAGACUUCCCAACGAAGUCUGGGCAGUGGUUUGACCAGCUGAUGUUGGUCAAACCAACAUCCAAAAUGACAAAUUCUUCUCAUAUAGAAGAUUUGUCAAAUUGGAUGCUGGUUUGACCAACAUCAGCUGGUCAAACCACCGCCCAGACUUCAUCGGGAAGUCUCGGGCGCUUAGCGCGCUACUCAAAGGCAAUUUCUAUAUUUUAUUAUAAAAAAAUUUUUUUUCGAGGUUUAAAAAUGCCCAAUUUCCAAAAAAUUGGAAAGCAAAUAUUAGAUACACUUGCAAAAUUUAUGUUUUAAAACGCAAAUUGUUUAAAAUUAAACAGAAUUUGCUAGAGAUUUCAUUAUAGUAAUUAUGGAGUGGGUUUUUGGGCAAAAAAUAGGGAUUUUUCCUAUUGUUUUAUUCGCUCACAGAGAGGGGGAGUUAGAAGAAGCUUAUUGUGCUUUAGCUGAAAUUACUCAAUAUAUCUCUUUAUCUAAUCUGCUAGUCCAAGAAAAAAUCCUAAGACUUAAUAUAGAAAAAAAUUCAUUAGAAGAAUACAAAACUUUAAAUUUUAUCAUAAAAAAUUACAUAGAAAAACCAGGAAACCUCUCCUAUCUAAUUUCUAAAGAUUGAUUUGAUAAAUGAACUGAUUUUUCUACACAUAAAUCCAUAGAUCCUCCAGGACCAAUAUCAAAUGCAAGCAUAAUUUCUCUUCCAGAUCCUGAUAAGUUUUAUUAUGACACUGACCCUAAUUCCUAUUACACCAAUAUUUGCAUUAAAAAUGCUUUAUAUGAAGACCAAGAAUACGUUGCUAUUCCAAAAGACGCAUAUUUUAUAUUGAGUUCCACAUGAAAUAUAGCAGAUAAUGAGAUUCCUAGAUACUCUAUAGGAAUUUCUGAUGACUUUAUAACAGAAGUCGAAGUUUACCUUAAAGAAAUUGAUAUUUUAAUUUUACCAAAAAUCACUAGCAAAGAAAUUCCAAUAAAAACCAUUUGUAUUAGUAGAAGAGCCACUGUAAAUGAUUUAAGAAUAAAACUCCAUCGAGUUUUAAGAGACUUGCUAUUGUCAGAAUGCUUGUGUUUUGAAAUCAGUAGACUAUGAAAAGUUCCUAGAAUUGAAAUAACUGAUAAGGAAUUUCCUACCAAUACAGACGAAAUUUAUAUAAAAGACUCUGUUCUUCUGAAUGACCAGACCGAGCUGGAGUUCUCUGACAUUGAUGCUAGAGACGUUGUAAUCAUUGAAUUUUUAACUUUAGCUCCCCCCCCAUCCUUGAUCGAACGAUUGACUGUAAAAAUUCCUAAAAAUUGGGGAAAUAAAUCCCCAUCCUUGAUCGAACGAUUUUCAUAUCAUGCAAAUUUUUAUAUAUAAAAAUAUAUUUAGUUAUCAAAAGCUUGGGAAGAUGCACCUAAUGAAGUUGUUUUCAGAGACUUUGAAACGACAGAAAGCUGCGGAAUCAACUAUACGAAGUGAUUUAGUCAUCAACCUAGGCUUAAAAACUCAAUAAUCUAAAAAUAGAGAUUUUUAAAAUUAAAAAAAAAAAAAUUUAAUUCAAUAAGGAAUAAAUUAAAAUUUAUACAGUUUAAAAGGGUAACUAAUAAAUCAAAAUAUUAAAAAUUGGUAUUUUAUGAAAUUAAUUCAAUUUUUUGUUGUAAAAAUAAUUAUUAUAUACUCUUAACCCUCUUAUUUAAAAGUAAAUAAUAUAUAUAUUAUUUUAUAUAUAAAUUUUUUUUUUUCCCAAAAAAUUUUUUUUAGCCCCCAUCCUUGAUCGAACGAUGGCGAGUCGUUCGAUCAAGGAUGGGGGGGGAGUAAGUGGAAAAUGAACACUUACAAAUACACCCAGUGAAGUUUGUAUAAAUUGCAAAAAAACUGGAAAUCUCACUGCUUGUCCUGGAUGUUUAGUAGUAAAAUAUUGCAGUAUCCAGUGCCAAGAAGAAAAUUAUCAGUGGCAUAAAGACUUGUGUGAUCAAAUAAAGUCAUCAAAUCAGUCUGCCGAGCCAAUUCGACUAGGAAUGACCGGAUUACAGAACUUGGGCAAUACUUGUUACAUGAACUCUGCUAUACAGUGUUUAUCACAUACAAUCUCUUUAACAAGCUAUUUUUUAAAUGGAGAUUUUAUGCAAAGCAUCAAUCAGGCCUCUAAUAAACGAAUCCAUUUAGUCUUUUCUUAUGCUGGGCUAUUGAAAGAUUUAUGAAUAGGCACAUCAGCUAUUGUGUCUCCAUGGCAAUUUAAAGGAACCAUCUCAAGACUGGCUCCCCAAUUUAUGGGCUAUCAGCAGCACGAUUCUCAUGAGUUAAUUACUUAUAUAUUAAAUGGUCUACAUGAAGAUCUGAAUAAAGCAGCCAUAAGUAACGAACAAAAUGAAAUUAUAGAAACAGCAAAAACUGAAGAAGAGCUUGCAUUAAAAUCCUGGGAAAGAUUUUUAUUAAAAAAUCAAAGUUUCAUCGUUGAUAAUUUUUAUGGACAAAGUAAAUCAAUGCUAAUAUGCCCAGAAUGCAAUUUUCAGUCUAUUAGAUAUGACCCAUUUUUAACGUUUUCUUUGUCAAUACCAAAUUUUGAGGUAAAAAAAAUCAGAGUUGUGAUUGUUUUUUCGAACCCUGAUAAAAUACCAAUUGUGCAAAAUUUUGCAGUCAAUAUUGACUCAAAAAUAAAUGUGCUGAAAUCUCUUAUAAAACAAUUUUUUGACAUAUCACAUAUAAUGCUUGCAGCAUAUACGAAUUUUACAUUAAAAGGCUUUGUCUCAGAUACCGCCACAAUCUUUGAUAUUGGUGAUAAAAAUAUAAUAGCUUUUGAAAUGCCAGAAAAUAUGAGUGAUGUCGAAACCAUUCCACUAGUUAUUACAAAAACUCCAGAAAAUAAGCCUUUUUCAACAAAAUCUUUACAAACCUUUAUGAGACUUAUAUUUUUAUCAAGAUCAUAUACAGCUCUUGAAAUCCAUAUAAUCUUAGCUUAUUAUUUUAAGUCAAUCAUAGAAGAAAAUACUGGUAAGAAAUUAGAUGAUGGAAUUGAUGCUUUAAAUAAAUUUAAUGAAAUGACAGAUCCUAUAUAUUUGAUUAAAAUUGUAAACCAAUCUUCAAAUCCAGAAAAAACUAACUGUGAGUUCUGCGGCACAAAAAAUUGCAAAAAUUGUGUAUUACCGCAAAAUAAUGAAAUUACUUUAAGAGAAAUGCUAAAUCAUAGAAGAAAUUCUAAAAAUCAUUUUAUAUUAGAAAUAGAAUGAAAUAGCAUAGUUUUAGGACUAGAAAAGCUUAAUACUUCUAAGGAAUUUCCAAAUAUUAUACAAGAGCCAAAUCUAAAGCAAGCCUCUGAGAUUUCUUUAUAUGACUGCUGAAAAUUUUCUUCAGAAUCAGAGAAAUUGGAUGAUAAAAAUAGAUGACUGUGUCCAAAAUGCCAAAAAUCUGUGCAGGCUACUAAGUCUUUUCAUAUUCAUAAGGCACCAAAAAUAUUGAUAAUACAUUUGAUAAGGUUUAAAUCGAGGUCUUCAUGGAGUGAAAAAAUAAAUUCAACGGUAAAUUUUCCUAUUGAAGGAUUAAGUCUUAAUGAAUUUGUAGGAGAAAAUAAUGAAGCAGUUUAUGAUUUAUAUGCAAUAUCAAAUCAUUAUGGUUCAAUGGUAGGAGGACAUUAUACAGCUUAUGUAAAGAGUCCUAGAGGAAACUCUUGAAUCGAUAUGGAUGACUCUUAUUAUUUUCCGAUCAAGCAAGAAAACUUAGUGACACCUGCAGCUUAUAUUUUGUUUUAUCAAAGAAGAGAUCCAUAA